AUGAGCGGUGAAGAAAAGGAAACGCAGACUCUCUGGCUUUCGCUGAAGAAAUCUUUUCAGAAUUGCAAGUCGGAGCCUGCAGCUGCGGCCAGUGGUCCAACUCCGAAGAGGAAUCUAUGCAGUUCUACCUGUUCGAGAUCUUUGUCUAAUCUUAGAGAUGUCAUUCAUGGAAGCAAACGGCAUUCUGAUGAUGAUAACAAUCGUAAGGUUCUUGCUUGCAGCCCGAGGUCUCUUGGCAGCGGAGAUUUCCUCAACCCUGUGACUCAUGAAGUAGUGCUAAGUGAUACCACGGCUGAGCUCAAGAUAACAAUGUUGUCUCAUGACUCUCAUCCAAGUCCUGUGGCGCUGACCUCUCCCGAGAUUCUUCGAAGAAAGGUACCGGCGGUUUCACUGGGUUAUGGCGGUGGCGAAGAGAAGCCUUCUCGGUUCAGGAGUGAUGGCCAUUGUGAUGAUGGAGUAUCGACUCUGACUUGCAGGAAGUGCGGUAAGCAGUUUAAGAAGGCGGAGGAGGUUGAAGAGCAUCAAGUCUCCGACCAUGCUGUUAGUGAGCUAAUAGAUGGCGACUCAUCAAGGAGAAUAGUGGAAAUCAUCUUCCGAACAAGCUGGCCGAAAUCCGAGAGCAACCCCAUCCGCAUAGAACGAGUAUUCAAGGUAAACAACACCCGAACCACUCUCUCCCACUUCGAGCAACACCGAGAGAAGGUCAAGCUCCGAGCCACCAAGCUUUUGACGAAGCACCCUCGCUGCCUCGCCGAUGGCAACGAGCUGUUGCGGUUCCAUGGCACGACAGUCGCAUGUUCUCUUGGCACAACAACGACCAAUGGCCCGUCUUCGUCAAUCCUCUGCAGGGCGGAGGAAUGUGGGGUGUGUAGGAUUCUGAGACGUGGAUUCUCUCUGGAUAGGAGGAAUGCUGCCGGUGUUUUCACUGCUUCAACUAGCAAGAGAGCGUUGGAGGAGGCGAGUGGCGACUGUGGGAGGAGGAAGGCGUUGGUUCUGUGCAGAGUGAUAGCCGGGAGGGUUCAUAAACCGGUGGAGAAUGUUGAGGAGAUGAUGAUAGGGAGUCGGUCCGUUGGGUUCGAUUCGGUUGCUGGGAAAAUCGGUCAGCAUUCAAGUGUUGAGGAGCUUUAUUUGCUUGACCCUAAAGCUCUCCUCCCUUGCUUUGUGGUGAUUUGUAGACCUUGAAAGUUGGAUGUUUUCCCCCUAAUUGCCAUUUCUCAAUGAAAAGUUUCUGUCACAAACUGUGACAAGAAACAGAUGGAUAGAACUUCAUUUUAAUGAUUGAAGUCCUAGAGAUUACUCUUCACUUGGUUAACAUUUGACUCUGCAUAGACUGUGCUAUAAGGAUUAAUGGUGAGGUAGCAUGAUUCAUUGGGGAGAUUACAUUGAAAAGAAAAACGCUUAUUGGUUGCUUUGUGGAAUUGAAGGAAAAAGUAUGUUCUGUGCUUGAAAAUUACAUGCUGAGAAUCAGUUGUGACGAUGAUUUUUGUUGUGCUUAUGCAAGUAGCCG